UGCCCAAACAUACGUACAUGGAAUGAGCCAGUUGACUCUCAAGCACUUUAUCCUGCAGCAACAAGUACUCAAGUUGUACCGCCAAGCUAUUCGCGCCACCCGAGGUAUUCCAGACCCAACCAGUCGCAAAGAAACGAUCCAAUGGAUACGCACUGAAUUUGAACGCAAUCGUCAUCUACACGAUGUGACAUCCAUUGAGGACAAACUGGCUAUAGGUCGCAGGGAACUGAAGCAAAUUUUGCCCGUAUUACAACCCCGUUGAACUUCUGAAUUCUCAAUAUUCCAAGUUUGCUCUUGCAUGCUUCAUCCUGACUGGACGAAAGCUCGGGUUGCUUGAGGAACUCUCGUCUCGCUCAAGAUGUAGAUGGAGCGUUUUAGUGUCAACUCUCUUAUGUUGAAAACUAGACAUUGUUUUCCUCCAAGUCUUUGGAAAUCUUGGAAUAACUUGGUUGCAAGAUUGCAGUGGCGAACCACAGCAACUUCUAUAUGAUUAUAUCAGCUGUCUAGGCCUCGUUGGUUUGUUAUCUAUAUUGCGAUUUGCCUCAUGGAGCUUGAGGGUCUGACAAUUCCUU